AUGGCUGCUCCUCAUAGUGAGGGUGUAAUGGAAGGUUGGCUCUAUAUAUUUGCCUCCAAUAGGAUAGGGUUGCAUUGCUCACGCAAGAGAUACUUUAUUCUCAAAGAAAGUUUUCUUAGAAGCUUCAAAGAUAAACCCGUUUCCCUGAUGAAGGUAUUCUUCACCUUCACAGUAUAUAAUGCUUCAAAUCAAAUAGAUCAGCUUAAGUUGGGAGCAAGUAGUUCAGAAGAAGCUGCCAAAUGGAUACGUUUAUUGAAGGAUGCUGCAUUGAAGGUUUUAAUUACUCUCUGUGUAGGUUGUUGCCUUAAGACAGAAGCUAAUGUUAUUAUGUAUUUUCAGGAGAAUUCAAACUCAGAAUUGAAUCUUGUGAUUACUUCAAAGAAAAAGCAUUCAUCAUUGAGAAUGGGAGGCUCAAAAAGGACAAAUUGGAAACACUAUGUUGAAUGGAAUUUUCAGUCAUGUAUAUACACUGAAGCAAUGAUCUCUGAUGUUAUUGCUCCCUCCCAAUGGAAGAUUUUUAGUAUUAACAAUGGACUAAGGAUGUUCAAAGAAGCAAGGGAUUGGGAUUCCCAUGGAAAUAAAUGGGGCACUCACCCAGUAAUGAUGGCAGUAGGUGUAGUUGAUGGAACUUCUGAAGAAAUUUUCCAUACUCUUAUGUCUCUGGGGUCAUCAAGAUCAGAGUAA